UUUUUUAUUAUUGAAUUAAAAAAACAAGCCAUCACGCUUUAAGCGGAUAUUUGACACGCAGGUUCUACCUUGAUAAUAUUUAUUGUAAAAUUCUGGUACUUUUAGCUUUUACAGUUAUCAAGUUACCGAGCGGCCACACUCUUUCCACGCGGUAGAAGUGCAAUUCGAAUCCAGGUGAAUUCGAACCAUUCGGUGGAUCCGUAUUUGUAGUAACAUCUUAAAACGAUGGAGUCUUACGAGGAGGACUGGUCCGGUUUUGAUCCGAUGGGCAAAGAUUUUUACGAAGAAAUGCAGAACAUGUAUACUAACGAGUCGGGGCAGAAUCUGAUCGAUGAGGCACCUGCUCCGUUAAAAGAUGAAAAGGUGGUGCGUGACCCCAAGCAGACGAAAUUUCCAUUUUUUAUGGUUCCGAAGAGCAGCCCCUAUGUGACGGAAAGAAUGCUGAUGAACUUCUUUGGACGCGCUGUCAUUCAGAAUUUGGAAUUCCGCAGAUCUUCAAACCUUUACUUUGUUUAUUUUCUUAAUAUUGGAUCCUUAGAGGCAGCUCGUCUUCGCGUGGAACGUUACCCAAAUCUUAUCAGAUGUAUAACUGGUCGGCACCAUAUGGAGCGAGAUGAACCUCUGAAAUGCACCAAACCAAUGAAAGAUCUGGCUCCAGCCUUCUCACCAACUGAACGUUCCCCUGUCAAUCUUGACUCUCGUGAGUUUCCCAUCUCGGCCGGCAGACAAAAACAUCCGGAGUUCUUUCGUACUCCGUUGGUCACAAAAGAUGAUUACCAUAAAGGAUCACUGUUAGCCGAAAAGGAUACAAUUCGGCGUUACCUCAGUGCUAAGUACGAGUUUGCCCUCGAGCGCCACAAUGUCUAUAAUUUGAAGAACGAAACAAGGAUAUCACAGGUCAUUCUACACUUUCGGUCCGGAAGAACCAUUCCAGUGUCAAUUGCUUCCGCAUCCGAGGAGGUUAAAGCCGAAAACCUAUUGGAAGAUGGAGUAACUAAAUGUGUUGCUUGCCAAAACUGGACGGAUACUUCGUGUAAGCUUUGCAAGAUGCCAUUUUGCAAUGCGUCAUGUCUAGCAGAUGUGGCUGACCAGCACAAGGAUUCUUGCGGCACGGGAAAGCUUCUUAAACUUGACGCGAAAGUUGGCCGAAAGUUCCCUAAGACCGGAUUGCCUCCUUCUGGAUCCAAAGUGAAGAUCACUGCUUUCGAGCAGACUAAUGUGGUCUAUGUUCGCUCGGCAGACAUUCAUGUGGAUAUCGCCUAUUACGCCAUUCUCACUGAAGUAAUGAUGCUGGGCAAAACGGCGCACAAGCUGCAGACUAAGCCGGUCUGUGGACAGAUUGUGCUCUAUAAGUUUGAGACAAAUAUCUCUCGCGCCAUGGUGCUCAAUGUGAAUGAUGACAAGGACAUUUAUGUGGUCUGCAUAGACUUUGGCAGCGUUGAAGUCACGGAAAUGAAAAAUCUGUACGACUGUAGCCCCUAUCUAGCAAGUCUGCCUUGCUAUCCCGUUGCUGUCCAAUUACGCGGAGUUCCAGGGCGUUUUGUUGGUCCCAGUAUUAGGGAAAUUAUAUAUGAAAUGGACCAGACUUUAGUUUUUGUUAUCAAAUACUCGACUCGAGAGUAUGACUUCAGCAAGGGUUUACAAAUCGUGGUCAUGACGGAGAACGAUUCACAUAGCAACUUGAACCAUUUUUUAAAGGCCAUAAUGACUCCUGUGGAGCCAUCUAUAUCCGAACUGGGCUAUAAGGAGGACUGUCUUCCCCAAGUCCCUUUGCCCGCAGGCAUGAACAUUGAUAUAGUUGUGAUGGACAACUCAUUCCUUAAGUACGGAUUUAUCUACUGUACUCCCCGGGAUCUCUCAUAUGAAGUCACCAAAAUGCAGCUGGACAUACAGAAGUAUGGCGAAAAGAUUGCAAAGUCAGAAACCUACGCUCCACCAAAAAAUGAGCUUUGUAUAGCUAAAUACGAGGGAAAAUGGUGUCGCGGUCUUUCCUUGGAAUUAGUUGGCGAUGGAUAUCCCAGCAUUUUGUUUAUAGAUUACGGGAACAUUGUGCCAACCCACGUCACUGACAUACGUCCGUAUCCGCCGCAGUUCAUCUUCCCUAUAUUAACUGCAGAACUGAUUUUAAUCGGUUUGCCAGUCGAGUUAACCGAUAAUCAGAUCGAUGGUCUAGAGAAGUAUUUUUCAGUGGGAACCCCCAUCACCUGCAGCGAGAUCAUUUACAGCAAGGAAGAAAAUAACUUUUCAGCUCGCUUUGACAAACUUCAGGACAUUUUAAAUUUAACACGAACUAACUGUCAUGAGAAGUAAAGUUCGCCAAUGAAAGGUAAAAUCAAAUGGGUUAUAUUCGUUACUCAUACAGAGGAUAAGAAAUCCACAGAAAAUGUUGACUAUUAAUUAUUUUGUAAUAUUUUUUUAAGUUUUCAUUCUCAUUUUUCUUGAAUAAACUAGCUGAAUGCUUUCCAGACUA